AGUAUAUGAUAAGCACUCGUAGUAGAAAUUAAGUAUGUAGGAUAUUCGCUUCUUGCUAACGUGCGUAAAGUUAUGAAUUAUCUGUAACCCUGAGCGCGACACCGAAAUCCUGGACAGAAAAGUCAAUAAGAUGCAAUGUCUGUGCGGAUCCUAAGUUUGCGUCGCUGUAACAAUCGAAUUGUUUAUUGGUAAAGACGAGCGCGUCUGAUCCUGUAACUCUUCUGUUUUUCCGAAUAGAAGCGUUUUAGUUAGGGCGUCCCGUUACAAGAUGGCGAAUCGGUUUCGAUGCUCGUAAAGACGCAAUUUUUUCCAAAUCCAAAUCAAAUACGUAUUUGCAGAUAGUUUUAUCUUUAAACAAGCACUCGAUUGCAAUACUUAUACUACCCAAGUGUUAAAUAUUCUAAUUGUUAUGUUUGAAUAUCCUGACACAUGGGCCUGAAGUGCCCACGAUCUACAUUUCAAUAACUAAUAAUAAGUUUUCAAAAUCAGAAUUGGCCAUUAUGAAAAAUCAAUUUUGAGCAGUAAUUAAUAAGUUGCUUAUUUUUUUGAAUUGAGUUGAACUAACUAGCAAGUUGCCAAAUUAUUCAAUGAUAAGAUGUUGCUUCAAAUUGCCUUUCAAAGACUUCGUCUGUAAAUUCGUUAGGCCUCAUUGAUUUGAGCUAUGUGCGUGAGAUCGGGCUUUACCAUGGGUACAUUCUGAUUUGAAAAAAAAUGUUCUCGAACUCUGUCGACAAAUCGAUGAAUUGAAAUCGAUGCCGCGAAGAAAUUUGAUUUGGAUUUUACUGGGUCGCGUCGCGUCGAUUUCGCGUUUUUGAGAGAAGCCAAGGCGAAAGAUUCGGUCGGUUUAACGGGUCGAAAAUUCUGUGCGCACAUGUGCGCGCGGUCAAAGCGACGGAGAAACAGGGGAUAAUGGCAGUAUAAUGUAUAGGUGAGACGGGAAUACGUCCGCGGGAGCGGAAGUCGAGCGCACACAAUCAGGAUCGGAAGUAAUUCCGGUGACCGAACACACUGGGAUGGCAUUGUUAGCCGAUCCGCUGAAUAAUAAUUGGCGUUCGGUGCAUUUACAUGGUCACGAUCGUGGAGCGUCAAUAUCUUUCCGGAUGGAAUGGAAACGUCACCCGGUGGCUUUGCUCCGUGAUAUAGCGUUCGUUCAGUAUUUGCCGUGGAUCUAUGCCCGUGACUUCGUCGUCGCUCUCCGCGUACGUAUUAACAGUAAAUCGAGCCGAAUCCUUUUGUUUCUCUGCUCGUGACAGAGACUCGGCGCGCUUCGUUCGUCCCGCGAGAUCCAGAAUCCGAUCCAGUUGACCCGGCUACACAAGUUCCUCCCUCCUUUUAAUUGCUCGUUAGAUCGUGCAGCAAAUCCAUCGGAACGUUUCGCCGUGAAAAGAGAGGAUCGCGUGUUAAAAAAAAGAAAAAAAAAUAGAGACCGGAAACGUAACGAUCGUCGGCGUGCAGCUACGGGCGAGCCUGACGGAGACGUAUGCACGGAAUUCGUCGAGAAAGCGGGGAAUGUGCAUUCCCGAGGCAUGCCUCGAACCGUUCCGAACCAGUUCCGGUUGUUCGAGGACAGAGCCGAGAGCGGAGGCUGCGUGAUUUAACGAACGUUUCAUAUUAAGCCUCGGGAAAAUCGAUCCCCGGUUUAUCGCGUGUCCCAACGAUCCUCGCUGGUCCGGCGAAAUCAAAUUCUACGGGCACGUUCACGCUCGAACGGGCAUCGGCUUUCCCAAACGUUUCUGCGUCUCCGGUUCUAGAACCGACUAGCAUUGAUUUCGCCGGAUUAUACGCGCGGCCCGAGUCGCGGCCACCGGCGGUUCGUUUAUCCGCGCGUGAUCCUUGCUUUCCCGGAGGAGGAUGGGCUGCUCACCUAGCGGACCUUCGUGCGCGAAGGGCGGCACACGAUUAAUGGCCACGAAGCUCGCUUUCACCAAGGGUCAGCUGCAUAACCUGAACGCAUAUUUCCGCGGACUGGUCGAGGAGCCUCAAAACGAUUCCUCGGACGCCACCGCGAUCGAAGCUAUCGUCGAGAGAUUGGUUCAACGUUUGAUGCUGGCCGCCGGCAAUCUUGACCGGAGAUUCUCGUCCGUGUUCCUCGUUUCGCUGAACGAGCCUCGGAGGAUGAAGCGGCUCAAGUUCGAAUACCUGCUGCGAAUAGACGCGCUGUCUACGCCGACCGCGAGCCCCGAGCUGGAGAUCUCUGGGGUCAGCGUCGAAGAGGAUGCGGCGGCCGGUCUGCCGGGCUUCAUUCGGUUGAAGAUCCUCGGGCCUGGAGCAAAGCUCUGGCGAGAGUUCACGGACGCUGCCGGGAGAUUGAGGAGGGAUCUCGUGAAAGCGAAAUUAGCAAAUUUGUUGGCCGCCGCCAUCAAACGAGACAACGCCGAUUCGGCGAAGAUUUGCGGAUCACCGGGACGAGUGGUGGACGCCGAGGUGCUCGACAAAAUAUUGAAGCAGCCGAACCGCUGUCGGAUAUUUUACGGGCCAGCCGUACCGGAUGGACCGGUGCCGGAGCCGAGGGAUCAUCGAGUGGCGCUGAUAGAGGACUCCGGAGGUAUACUGUUCAGGAUAGCGUUGGACGAGUGCAAGUCUCGCGAGGUGGAGGUCCGGUUGCUAAUCGGCAUAGGGCUGUCCUCUUGGCCCAGUUCCGCCGACUAUCCCCGGAGAGUGCCCCUCUAUCACUGCGACGCUCUUCUUCAUUACACCGCCGCGCAAAGCGGCAUGUACGCCGUGGCCAUUGGACCGUACCCCGGCGCGCGCUGCGAAGACCGAGCAACUCUCUGGGGAAUACGUGUUCCAGCAGCGGAGAAAAUUAUGAGUCAACACUACGCCGCCGACAGUGUACCCGGCUUGACGGAGUCGGUGCUCAUAGAAAUCUUGCACCAGCUGCGCGAGGGACUCCCAUUCAAUCCUACAAAGUCGAAGGCCAGGAAGGGAGAUCGUGGCCCGCAGGACCGGCUGAGAGUGGUCUCGAGGCAGAUCAUGAGGACGAUGCAUCGCUGGUCUCUGGAACGGGCCGGGCCGGAUCCGUUGACUAGCUGGGCUCCCGAUACCCUCGCGCGGCACGUUCUACUGGCGCUAGACGAGAUAGUCACCGCUUUGAAAUGCCAGAACCUGAGGUGUUAUUUCCUACCGCGGUGCAACGCGAUGCUACAAUGCGCGCGAGGUGGCAUUGUGCAUCACGAGGACUUCUACGCUUCCGACUGUCGACUGUUGGAAACAUACCUGGGGACGCUACACCAUCGUUCUCUAUCUCCGGGUCAAGCCGUGCCUAGACCACUGGAGGCUAUGGAGACGGAGUUGAUCGUCAGGUGGCGAGACAUCGUGUUUUCCUUGCCGAGGGGCACACCGGACGCAGACUACGGCUACAGCUCCAGACAAUUGGAAUACCUCGGCUUGAUCUUGGAGCAGGUGCUGCAGGCUAGAGACUUCACCGCGCAGGACUUCUCCGAUAACUCUUCGUACCUGAACUUCCCCGAGUGCGGCUUUCACACGAGCGAGCGAGUGGAGAGCCUCGUGUUCCUGCUGAAGCUGGUGCUCACGCAGGCCAAGGAUCAGAUUCGCGCGAUGACCAAUCGACGAGCGAGGCGGCGAGAACGCCCCGGAGACUCGAAGAAGGGGAGGCACUGCAACACGAGCAGCCAGUUCGAUCGAUCCGUCGGUCUCUUGAUCGACGAGGUUAGAGCCGACAGAGAGACCGCCAACGCGGACCUGGACUCUCGUCCGGUGAUGGCGAAGACGCUGCUACAGUGGCUGUACUUCGGCAUGGACUACGACCCGAAGUACUUGGAGCCGGUGUUGCGGCCAUAUCUGAGCACCCUCUUCUACAGUCUCCACGAGAACUGCUGGUACGCGUCGAGCUGGAGAAGCAAGCAGGAGGCUUACAACACCGAGAUGCGUUCCCUGUCCGCGUUCUGCGAGUCCGUCCUGUCCCAGGAAAUCACCCCCGCUCUAGGAAUCGUGGAAUUCUUGUCGAAGGGGUGGCGCUGGGCGGAGAGCAUGACAAAGAUGAUCGAACGUUCCGGGAACUCUUUGAGGCUGAUCCUGCUGGCCGGGGACAAGGAGCUGAGGUACAACCUGACGUUCGCCGAGAACAAGGGGCCGAGCGCGUUCUCCACGUGGAGCAAGGCCAGGAGCGUGAACACGAUCGCCAGGAGAAAAAGGACGAGCUUCCAAGCCAGCGAGAUUCUCGAUUCCCUGUCGGAGUACCGGGUCGCCCGCUGCGAGACCAAGGGUGUUGCAGGCCACGCGGAGCUGAGGGACGCCAGCCCUUUGACGUACGUCGCGUCAAUGAGCAGGCAGCGGGCUCGACACCGUGGGCCGGGCGACUUGGUCCUGGCCAUGGUCUCCCUCGGCAAGUUCAGGAUUUUGCAGGAGGUGGCGGCGCAUCUGCCUCGGGACCAGCGGCUGACCAUGCUGGAGAUGUUGCAACGGGCGUCGAGGGAGUCCGCUCGUUCGAGGAGGAGCGCCCCGAGCAGUUCGGACGCGACCGGAUCGCCGAGACAAAUCUACAGAGCCAGGCCUGAAUCGGAUCUCGUGGAUUCGUCGCUUCGAUUAUCGCCCGGCAUCCGCGAACGGCGCAUCAUCCUCGAGCACCAGAGGCAGCUCGAGAGGGAGAUGCAAGAGAUGCACGACACCCUGCGACGGAACGCCCUGACGAGACACCGUGGUUCCGGCUGGGACUCGAACUCGGUUUCGUCAUGGAGUUCCUCGAUCGAUUCGUUCGCCGGCACGAUUACGCUCCGGAGAUACCGGCCGCCUAUAUGGGACGCGCUCAAAGGAGGCUCGGCCGCGCGUACAGCCGGCCAGCAGCUCGAUCGCGGCGCCGCGACGAAUAAAUCCGAGGAGAUGAUCAGCCGGGAGGAGUCGCCGACCUGGAACGCGCCGAAUGCCCGACGGCUGCGAGACGAAUCCAGGAACGGAGACGAAUUGCCGUCUUGGGACGCGCUCGAGGCGACGCUGAAUAGGAGGCUGUGUAAUUACGGCAACGCCCUCGCGGAGACCUCGCGGGCGGACGCCGAGCGUAUCGGAGGACGCGGGACCGAUUGUUUCACCCGAACACUGGAGCCCCCGGAUAAAUGAAGGCGUCUACGGCACCGUUCGCCUAACCCAGAGCCUCUCGACGACCGGAUGCCACGAGGACGCGGACGCUAUCCUCUCUCUCUUUCUUUCUUGCUAGACAGUUAGCAACUGCGAAAACAACUUAUUUCUCGCGAGUGUACCGGCUCUGGUUUUCACCAGAUAUCACCAUCUCGAUCUUCCUCGGUGUUGUUACACGUAGCGAAGGAUAAAGCGGCCCGCUCUCCGGGGAGGCGAGAAUGAGCGACAACGGGGCGCGCCGCUAACGAACACCGGCCAGGAUCGUUUUCUACGCCGCUGUGAAAUUGAGCCGGGAGUAGAAUAGAAUAGGAGAGGCUCGCGUGGCCGUCGGGAGGGGCUGAAACACGGACGAGGUGGAACGAGGAUUUUCCCAGCCGCUGGAAUUUCUUCGUCGCUUGAUCCCGUUCGGCGGCGGCACGGAACGGGAUCGGUACCGGAUCGGUUCCGACCUCGGCUAACACCGGCGCGGUCUCGGCCGGAAACGGUCUUGGUCGCGAACACGCCGGCCAAAAGGGGCCGAUAAAGCGGGGCCGGCGAAGUUUGGUCGAACGAGAGGAGUUUACGGGGCCGAGGCGGUUCCGGAGCGCCGCGACCUCGGCCGGAGGAGCCCCGUUCGCCGAUAGGGAGAUGCCCGUGGAUCCAAUUACGCGGCCGUCUUCGAGGACACCGGCUUGAGUGGGCCGGCUAAUUGCCCACGGAUCAGCUCCGAAGACAUGCGAAGCGCGCAGCCCGGGUCCCGCGUCGGUCCCGCGCCCCUGUCCCAAGCGACGAGUCGACUCCUGGUCUAUCUGCGACCUUGUUCGAGGCUGUCCCCGGCAUCCCGGACCGAGGUUAUACCGCUCGUGGAACGAGUCUAAGCCAGCGCGAUCAAUCGCCAGCCGAAUCUGGAAGUUGUCCCGAACGCCGGCGAACCGGCCAGGAUCGAUGAGCCCGAAUUAGCUCCACCUGGGAUCAGCACGGAAUUGCAGUAACGGCGCGUUGCGGUCGCCGGAGAGCCACGAAUCUUCGUUCCGGUGAUAUGCGAAGCU